AUGAACAAACUUAUAUUUGCAGAGCAGGUGAAGAUGCAGAUGCAGAUGCAGGAGAGAGAGUACAUAACAAUGGCGCUAAUCAUGGUAGGAUUGCACGUUCAGACACGGAGUUAGGGUUCGUUCUGGGCAGGGAUCGAUGGACCGCCGGCGGAUGCAACGAGAGGUGGAGAUCGAAUCAGUCGCCGACGACGAGGCUGCCAGUUCUGUCCAGAACAUCAGACUGGUGAUUGACAUCGGCGACAGGACGAUCCAGGUCCCUCUCAAUGGCCACACCGUCGUGCAGAGCGUCGGCCGUCAGGCUGCCGCCGCCUCCACCGUCGCCGGCGCCGGCGCCGGUGGGGAUGAUACGUCGUCUUUCCGUGUCAGUGAGAAAGCCGGUGGUGGUGGUGAUGGCGGUGGCGAGGAGUGGCUGCGAGAGGACGGGUUGUUCGGCAUGCGCGGGUGGCUGAUGGCGGUGGCCACGCUGUUCGCCGGCAUGGCGUUCCAGGCGGCGCUGCAGCCGCCGCGGUGGAUGCCGAGGCCGAGGGACUGGUUCGCGGCGCUGCUGGCGGCCGACCCGUCGUCGUCGUCGUCGCCGUCGGCCGUGACGAGGGACCAGGCUGGGAAGGCGAUGCUGUACCUGAUCGUGAACACGUGCACCUUCGCCACGGCGCUGGCCGUGCUGCUGAUGCUGCUCGCCGUCGGCGGCGGCGAGUACGGCGGGUGCGCAGCGAGGAGGGUCACCGCGCGGCUGAUCGCCAACAUGGUGACGGCCGUCGCGCUGUUCGCCGCCGCGACGUUCGCGCUCUGCGCCGCCGACGACUACCGGCUCAUGGCGUUCGUCGGCACGGUGGUCGCCGUGUACGCCGCCGUCACGGUCGCCUUCGUCAGGUUCAACCUUGCAACCGCGCACGCGCAGCUUCCAUUUCGUAGAGCCGGCCAUGUUUGCAGCUGGCUACCAAGAAUGUAACGUUACGUACGCAUCCAUCUACCCCGUGCAAAAAAAUUGCUCAUUCGCUUUGUGUGGCAUCCAAAACCACACAACG